AUGGCAAAGGUCUUUCAGGAUGCGCGUUGUGUGAAAUUAUUCGACGAGUGGACCACACGUACGAAGGCACCGAAUUCGGAAAUGGGUGCCGAUGGACAGGGAUCGCAGUUCCUGCUCAAGACGUAUGAUCAGUUUGAGACAGUUGAGCGUCAAUUUGAUGUUCAGACUGUUGUGGUUGCCGGUGAAGGUCCUGCAUUCUGGCGAGCCAUCACUGCCCGAUCAAACAUCUUAUGUUUCAUGGAAAUGCAUGCACGCCGUGGAACGACAUCUGUAAUUGAUGAUGUCUGGCUUGGCGCCAUGCCGUGUUUUGUUGCAGAGACACGUGUGCUCACGCCUAUGGUGGAAGCACCAUUGUUUGACAGUGCCAAUCUGAACAUGGUUAUUGACCCGUAUGGUGCAUUGGCAGAGCUAGUUGCUGGUGGGAGGCUCUCGUGGACAUCAGACAAUGUCGUGUCAUGCAUGGAGCUGAAGGGCGAGUAUGACGACAGGUGGUCUACUCCUGUGCAGUCAUCCCUUGACAUGGUGCGUGCCGGUGAGCUCGUUGAGCUUUCAGUAAACUUUCAGCUUCAUGAGCACGUGAGUCCAAAUGGGGCAAAUGUGGGUCGCAAGUUUCUUACACGACUUGACACUGUCAUGAUCGUGAGUCGCUUGGGGAUGAAGCUGAUUGCGGACUGCGAGUCAGAGCACUUGUCGAUGAUGCGUAUUGCUGCUGCAGCUGAUAACACUGGUGGAGGUAAGGCUCCGAAGAAGAGACGGUUCUCUUACCUCCAGUCACUAUCUUAUGCUGGGUCACCAUCUCCUGCUAGGUCACCAUCUCCCGCUAGGUCACCAUCCCCUGCCAUUCACGCACCAUCUCGUAUCGGCUCUCCAGCUCCCGCUGCACUCCGCGUUUCUCCUCCUCCUCAGGCACCACCUCGUGCACUGUCACCAGCUCCUGGUCCACUCCCACUUCCCGCAAGAAUAGAGCCAGAUGACUACCAUCCAGUGCAACCACCAGUUGUACCCGAUCCUGGUAUUGACCGUGACAUGGAGGAUCAGCCGUCGCUUCGGAUCCCGGCAUUUGAAGAAGAAUCUCAUGUGCGGAUGGCUUAUCUGCAAGCCGUCAUGGCGAACACAUUCAACAAUGCUACCUGGAAGCACGCUACGGAGCAGCUGAAUAAUUCUCUUGAUAUUCUACUGAUUGCUGGGCAACUUCCUGAUUUUCCUCGACCUGUGCGAACACUGGCUAGCGCUAGAAGACGACUUGGGAUUGAUCCCAAUGCUUGGAUCAUCCAGUACGCUAUCUGUCCUGUCUGCUGGAAACACCAUACGCCGAAAGGACUUUUGGAGCUAGACUCACCGGAUUGUACUGUACCUGGAUGCUCAGGCAAACUCUACACAGAUACUCUCACUGCUAAAGGCCAGAAGCGUCGCAUCGCCAACAAGAUCAAUCCACAGGUGUCGAUAAUCGAAAGUCUUCGGCGCAUGAUGCUGCGGCCCGGGUUCGCCAAGUCCCUGAUUGACUAUCGUGAAUUUCAAGCAGGACGGAACAACAACAAUGAUUUUCUGAUGGAGGAUAUGCAUGACGGUGAGAUGCUGUUCAAGCUAGAGACUGGGACAGUGCGUGAGAGGAACAGCGCUGGUACCGUACGUGAUCGUCCUCAAAGCGAGCAAGCUCAGGCAACAAAACUUACGGCCCACCGGUUUGGCCUUGCAAUUUCAAUGAACCUGGAUUGGUUUGGGCUUCUGGACGGUCGACCUCACUCAAGUGGGCCAAUAUAUCUAGCAAUCAACAACUUACCUCGUGAUGUUCGGUAUUUACAGCUGAAUGUCAUAUGUCAAGCAGUCCUCCCCGGUCCAAAUGAGCCCAACCAGCAGCAGCUGAAUCAUGCCUUGGAGCCAGGAGUCAAAGAGAUGACUCAGCUACAUAACGGUGUUCGCAUGGAGGUCCAUGAUGAAGAACCGGCACAAGUAUAUGCUGACUUUGUGUGCGCAAAUUGUGACACUCCCGCAGCGCGCAAAGUCAGCGGAACCGCCGGUCAUUCACACGACUUUCAUCCGUGUCUGUAUUGUGACACGAAUAUUGUCGACGUAGACAAGCUGACAGGCUACGACAAUGACUGGACUGAAAAGGACGACUACAAGAUGUUGAAGCAUGCGUUUCAAUCCAUGGGAGUAAGUCCCCAACGUGAGAAUGCCAUUUUGCGGGAUUAUGGUGUCCGUUGGUCUGUCAUGAACCUGCUUGCGGGGUGGCGUAUGUGUUCGCAGACAGUUCUUGACUUCAUGCACAACGUCUUCCUUGGUAUAAUUGCACAUCUCUUUAUGGAGAUUCUUUUCAAGUCUUACAUGUUCUCCGGUGCCGGAGGGACGACUUCACAAAAGCAACGUUUCGAAGAUACCGUCAAUGCUGUGCGCUGGCCAUCGCAUGUAACACGGCUCCCAAAGAAUCUAGGUGAAAAUCAGUCUCUCAAGAAGGCAGAUGAAUGGCGACGACUACUUACCAUCACGCCAAUCUUAUUGUGGGCAUCAUGGGCGAACCAAGCUGACCAGAUUCCCAACAUAGCUUCUCCUAUUCCACCGAAUGCAAAGUCUGUCCCAACUCACUCCCGGAAUCCUCGCGCGAUCUAUUCUGCGGUCUUGUUACUAUGUGCCGGCGUCCGUAUUCUUGCUGCACAGAGAAUCUCUAUGGCUCAAGCUCGUGUCGGACAAGGCUUGCUGACUCAAUACUGCCGUCAAGUCAAAAUACUGGGUGUUCACCUCACAAUCAAUCAUCAUCUUUCCUCGCAUUUCAUCAAGUUCAUCAAGCUCUUUGGGCCCAUCUAUGGUUGGUGGCUGUUCGCUUUCGAGCGCUUCAAUGGAAUGCUGGAGAAGGUCAACCUUAACGGGCACGACGGUGGCCGCAUGGAACUAACACUUCUGCGGCACUGGGUCUUAUGUCAUCUGAUCUACGAGUACUUGUUAUCGCUCCCUGAGAAUGCUCACCCGAAAGAACGGGAAUAUCUAGAGAAGAUUAUCAAAUCUGAAGGCCGCAGUGAGCGUGGAGGCAUGAUGACGGAACUAGCUAUAUACAGGAGUGAAGCGACCACUAACCGAGUGAAAAUUCCUCGUGUCCAUGGCAGGCCGAUCAACUUACGAAACUAUCUGGGGCCCGGUACCAAUCAUCUGUAUGGGAUCGUUCUCCAGUACUCUCGCAAGCUGUACCCCGACUUAAACCUCAUCAGCGACUUCUCAAUGGAUGACGGAACCAUCUUUGUAGGCAACCAGGUAGCCCGUGCACUCACGUAUAUCCGGAAGGAUGGCAUUCGGUACGGCUCCAUUUCCAACAAGCGCACCAAGGCAGAUUCAUAUGCUUUUAUCCUUGCACCAUCGGGACUGCGUUACCCCGUCGAAAUAUCUGCACUGCUCGGCAUCAAGAUUGGGGAGAAUGUGCCACACCUUUGUGCCAUUGUCCGAAGAAUGCUCGCUGAUGAGAACAUUCCAGUGUUCCCGUGGGAUCUCUAUGCAUCAACCCUCGGAAUUCACGUGUCAUAUGCUAACCGUUUCAGUGACUACGAGAUUGUGCCUGUCUCUGAGAUUGAUGCCCCGCUCGCGCUGAUCCCAAUCCAUUCUGCACGCAUCAAUGAAGAUCUCUGGGUAUCGGUUUCAUUUGACCAUAGCGGAAACGAGCCAGAUGAGCUGAUGGACGAGGACGAGGACAAAAUUUGA